AUGGGUGAAGGGGGAGGCAAGGCCAAAAGAAGACUAGAUCUAGAAGAGCCAAUUUAUCUCCCAGAAUUCCGCACGCCAAAAGGGAAAGGAAACUCUGCAUGUGCAAGGGCACCAAGCCCCAAAACUCCCAAGUCUCCAGGGGAGCGCACCCGUUAUGACACUUCCCUUGGCCUGCUGACUAAGAAAUUUGUGGGCUUGCUGAGUGAAUCGGCUGAUGGGGUUCUGGAUCUGAACUGGGCCACAGAAGUUCUGGAGGUUCAGAAAAGACGGAUAUAUGACAUCACAAAUGUUUUAGAGGGUGUGCAACUCAUCCGCAAGAAAUCCAAAAACAACAUCCAGUGGCUGGUCAGUGGUGUGUUUGAGGGCUCAUCCUGCAAUUCAGAGAAGACCAGCGCUCUCAAGAAAGAGCUUUCUGAGCUGGACAGGCAGGAAAAAGCUCUGGACGACCUCAUUCAGUCCAGCUCAACAUGGCUACGUGAACUGACAGAGCACAAAGACAACCAAAGAUUAGGAUAUGUGACCUAUCAGGACAUUCGUACCAUAAGCAGCUUGAAAGAUCAGACUGUGAUUGCUGUGAAAGCACCAUCUGAAACCAAACUGGAAGUUCCAGAAGCAUCUGAGGGCUCGCUGCAGAUUUACUUGAAAAGCAAGAAUGGCCCAAUUGAGGUGUACUUGUGUCCUGAAGAAUGUUUGGAUUAUGCUAGUCCCGUCAAAAACGCCACCACACCCAGAAAAGAUUACCCACAAACCCCCAGCGCCACCACACCCUCUGUCUUCCCACCUGCCAAACCCCAGCCAGUCGAAGGUUUGCCUUUAAAGUCUCAGCCAUCGAUGACUGGCACCAGCGGCAGCACCUCCCUGCUCGAUGUGGAGGGGAUUCUGGAUCUUCCUCCCAGCCUUCUCCAGAUCACUGAAGACCAGCUGCCUGGGAUGGCAUUCACAUCCGACGCUUCUGGGCCCUUUGUUAACUUUUCUCCUCAGCUCAGCCACGACGACUACCUCUGGGGUCUUGAGGAUGGAGAAGGCGUAUCUGACUUGUUUGACACAUACGAUCUGGGAGAUCUGCUUAAAACAUGAGGCAUCCAGUGUGACGGAAGUGUGAUUAAUGGUCUGAGAUUUCAAUUGUAAUUAGU